AUGCCGCGGUUCCCUCGCUGCCGGGCCCGGGUGCCGCGGCUGUGCCGAGCCCGACAAGGCGCCCACAUCGGCCUGGCCCCCAUCUCCCAGGACCCCGAGGACCGCUGCAGCAUCUGGGAGAACCUGGUGAGCCUGGUGGAUUUCCAGUGCCCGGGUUUUCCCCUGACCUCCGAGGAGCUCUGCCACUACAUCGACAUCCCCCGCUCGCCGGUGGCCGUGACCCUGCCCGGGGCUGUGACCCCGCCCGGGCCCCCCGUGCCCCCGGGGGACAUCGACUACAGGACCAACGCGCACGUGAAGCCGCCCUACUCCUACGCCACCCUGAUCUGCAUGGCCAUGGAAGCCAGCCAGCAGCCCAAGCUCACCCUGGCAGCCAUCUGCAAGUGGAUCAGCGACAACUUCUGCUACUUCCGCCGUGCCCACCCCAGCUGGCAGAGCUCCAUCCGGCACAACCUGUGCAUCAACAAGCGCUUCGUCAAGGUGCCUCGCGAGAAGGGGGAGCCGGGCAGAGGAGCCUUCUGGAAGCUUCACCCCCAGUACGCCGAGUGGCUCAAGAGCAGCACCCUCAAAGGGCACAGAAGAAUUGACAAUUCUUGCUUUCCUUUUCCUCUGAGGCUUCCCAGCUUCUCUGGGCAAAGAGGAUUGUUCAGAAAACACCACGGUGACCCAGCUCUGUUCCACAGGCCCCUUCCAGAGCCCGGGAGUGCCCAGCAGGGAGCACAGCGCGUCCCCAGCCCCGCUGCCGCCGGCGCCGACCUCGAGGUGGGCGCGGAGCUGCAGCGGCUGCUGUGGGAGUUUGAGGAGUUCGAGAGCAGCCAGAGGUGGAGCCCUGAGGAGAACCCAGCGGGCCAGCAGAGCGAGCCCGAGGCCUCUUGGCUGCCAGGCUGUGCCCCGGCGAGCCAGGAGGAGCCGGGCGAGCUGACGGAGCUGAAGGGCAGCACGGAGUGGGAAGCGCUGCUCGACGCCCCCGCCGAGCUGGGGGAUUUCUCCGCUCUGGGGCAGCUCCCACCUUCCAGCCAGCCUGGAACCUUCCCCCUGCACCCCAGCAGGGCAGCGGGGCAGCAGCUGGGCUGGCCUCAAAUGCUGCCCGAGCCCAGCCCUACCAAAUCGGGCUCGGAUGAAACCCUGAUGGCCACGGCUUUCCUGGAGGCUGCGUGGCACGAGGAGGUGAGAGGGAACCUUUGCAGCCCCGCCGAGCAGGGGGCUGCAAACUUCCAGGCCUCUUUGCCCGGCAGGGAGGUCAUGGAUUGGGACUCUCUGGCCCCUUUAAGGCUCUAUUAGAGAUGGGAGAUUAGAUUAGAUUACAUUAGAUUACACUUGAUUUGAUUUGAUUCCAAGGAUUUAGGAGGGGUUUUAGGGUGGGUGUAGCUGGUUUGAUGGAUGAGGGGUUUUUUUUGCUGUUCUUUUUGCUUUCUGUUCUGUUUUUUGCUUGGGGAACGUGCUGAAGAUACUUGGCUACUUUAAAUUUUUUUUUUUUUUUCAUUUUUUUGGCGGUU